AACUUCAUAUAUAUCUGACUAACUCAAGGUCUACUUAUUAUCUUUUAAUGACACUCCACAGUCUUCAUCAGUGUGUUUCUUGGUUGUUACAAGACAUUUGACCUCUGUUACCAGGACGCUAUCUAUUACAUGCACUGCUCUCAGUCUGUGCACACCCAUGCAGUAAAGUACCUGCCUCUUCUUUUACAGUGGAACCAGUUUGACUGCACGUUGACUCCAAUGUGCCGUGCGAACUGAGCUGCACUCUCAAACGUUCUCACGCUAUAAAUUGUUUUACCCUUCUUUCACAACCCACCUCUGAUCCACGAAGCUGCAUUACUUCCUGCAAACUAACCGAUCAGAAUUUUGCCAGAAAGUCCGACUCUGUCAGCAGAACAUUUGUGUUUGCCUCAGCAGUCAACUGGCAUGUUCAGGACAUGUGUCAUCGCAUGUAAACCUGGGAAUUCCUCACUUCCCUGUCCUGACUAUAUCCUCUUCUGGCUCGAUAUAUAUCCGUGUGCUGCAGCUUCUCUCAUAAGUAACUGCUCGCUAUAGGACCAGACACUCGAUUCAGCCUCAAACGAUCAGUGGAGACUGAGGGGAAAACAUGUCCAACGUGGGAUUUUCAUCAUUUGUGUGUUUUGUUCUCGUCGGCUGCCUCUGUAGCAGCAGAGCUAUGCCGACUGCACUCAACCAGGAGGCUUUGAACGACAGACCAGUGAUCGGUAUUUUGACUCAGAUCGUUUCAGAUGAUUUCCUGAAACCUUGGGGGGAAACCUUCAUACCUUCGUCCUACGUGAAGUACGCCGAGUCCGGAGGCAGCAGAGUGAUGCCGAUCAGAUUGACUCACACUGCUGCUGAAUAUGAAAACAUCUUCAACCAGAUAAAUGGUCUGCUUCUCAUCGGAGGAGCUGUAGAUUUGGAGAAGUCAGACUUUGCCAAGGUGGCGAAGAUUUUUUAUAGACUCGCUUUGAAGGCCAACGACGCGGGGGACUUCUUCCCGAUCUGGGGCACAUGCAUGGGCCUGCAGCUCCUGACUGUUCUGGUGGCCGGUAAAAAUCUGCUGACAAACACCACAGCAGAGAACAUAGCACUGCCCCUCAACCUGACCACAGAGGCCCACUCCAGCCGGAUGUUCCAGGGUUUCUCUGAGGAGUUUAUGAAGAUUUUGACCCACGAACCACUGACUGGUAAUUUCCACAACUAUGGAUUGACAGUAGAGAGCUUCCAGGAAAACGCCAAGCUGAGAAAUUUCUUUUCCCUCCUGUCUACAAACGUUGCUGAAAACGGAGCCCACUUUGUCUCAACCAUAGAAGGAAAGAGAUAUCCCUUCUACGGAGUGCAGUGGCACCCGGAGGUGAAUCGUUUUCAGUGGAACAGAAAGAAGAACUUUCCUCACUCCCCUCACGCUGUCCAGUUAUCGUCUCUGCUGGCUCAGUUCUUUGUCAAUGAAGGAAGGAGAAGUUCACAUCGGUUUGACCCUGAGGAAGAGGCCUCGUCACUGAUUUACAGCUACACGCCCAUCUAUGCUGGAAACAUCACAGGAUAUGAGCAGCUCUACUUCUUCUGACUCUGUGUGUCACUCUGUGGAUGAACAAAACAAACCUUUCUGGACAGUUUAUUGUGCAACAUGGCCCUUGAGUCCAGAUCUGUGUGUAACAGCUGUGUUUGUGUGUGUCUGCUGUUCAGUACAGUGCAUGUCUGUUACGCUGUGGAGAUGUUUCUGCUCCAGUGUUGUUUACACUUGUUUAUAUUUCACAACUUUUAGGUCAAUAAAUAAGUGUUUGACAAAA